GUCCCUGAUACAAAUUCGACGUUCACUAUUUGGCGAUUCGGAGUUUUCGGGUAAGACUUGGGACCAGCAAAUUGUUGCUUCAAACGUGUACUAUGAUUUCCAUAAAUUCGGAUACGAUGAUGCCAAUUUCAUCAUUGACAAGACUCAUUGGUACAUGGCGUCGCGCAUAUCAACGGACGAGCUGUGGCGCGUUACUUAUGGUGAGAAGGUAGCCACUCGAGAGGAGCUGCUAGCGAGACAGCCAGCGAAAUGGCAAGAAAUGAUUCCAGGACACCCGACUCUAGAACAGUACAAAAUUGUCAACUUCAGCCCCUAUCGGGUGCACCAGCGGCUAGCACAUGCCAUGAGAGUUGGGCGUUUUCUUCUAUCUGCGGACGCUGCUCAUCGUUCGACGAUAGCAGUAUUCCGAGGUUAUAGAUCCGAUCUCGAGCAGCCAUAUCAGACUAAUUUUCGACUCGGAUCCGGCCACAAUGAUGGAGACGAACGAAUUCCUAAAGCUUGCAAGCGAUCAGAGACAGACAAAGCGAUUGCGAAGGAAAUGAUGCCUGCGAUCAAUGUCAUCAAAUACGACUUUACACAGCACUAUCGGAAUGCCUCUGCCGACGGCAGAAAUGAGUAA